UUAGAUUCUUAAAACAAAAUUAUUUUGACAAAAUCGUCAAAUAUAUUAUUUACGUAUUUUUUGAAGAUUUCGUACGCCUUAGCAUUUGUAUUCUCGUUGAUUUCGUUUGUAAUUUGAUGGUAAUUGUAUCUGGUUGCUUAUUUAAUUAGUCCACUUGUAUUAGCUACUUGCCUUACGACUAUACGUAUAAAGCAGUUAAUAUUUGACAUAGUACCAACAACCUUAACACCGUACUUCAUAAACUAUUUUUCUCUUGUCACCUCUAGCACUGCAGAGCCUCGCAUUUUAUUUCUUAAAGCACGCUUACCACAAUGUCUUUAAUCGAGAGCAAAGUAGACAAACUAAACCAAUACAUAGACACUAACUACUCUUCUGGUGACAAUAACGGGAUGAAAUGCAAACAGUUUUACCAGGAGGAGAAUAAUAAUGAGAUAGAUGUGAUCACAAAAGAGUUCUCCGAAAUGGGUUGUAUCGUUGAUGCAGUAAAACGACCUCCGAAUAUAUGUAUUGAGACUUGUGUUUAUGAAGAACCUGAGUCUGACAACGAAAACGAAAGAUCACAAGCUCACGAUGAGGAGGUCAACUAUUCAGAUGAAUUUGAAGAGGAAGACCUAAGUGACAUAGAAAUAGAAAAGACUAAAGUUAAAACUGUUUCAAGCGAGAGUAACAGUAAGACACAGAUUGAUAACGCAAUGUCCAAAACUUCUCUCAAAUUGUCGAAGAGCCAGUCCUGCACGUCACGUUGUAAUAGUCAAAAACCAGGCUCCAUUUCUGGAAGAUCUACGGAUUUUGGUUCAGUGUCAGUUCCAUCCACGCGCCGCAUAAACAUGUCGUUCACAAACGAGAGAUUGCGGGAGAUUGAGAGGCACAACCAUAUACUGUUGAACAAGAUCUUGAGUGCGCGGAACAAGCGCAAGUCCACCCUACCGCCGCGCGAGGAGCGCCCGAAGAAACCCCUACCACCAGCCGCCGUGCAGAGGCGGACGCUGCAGAGGAAAAUAGACCAUGAUAAUAUGAUCCUGCUGAAGAAGAUCCAGCGGGCCAAGUCAUCCGCGUACAGCGUGCGCCGUUGAUACAGAGGCCGCGUCUCAGGCGCGGGCGCACGUUCCUAUUUGUUAAAUAAAUUUUAUAUUGCUAUUA